AUACCGCAUUUUAGUGGUCCCGGAUUGUGAUUGUAGGAUGGCGGCGCCCGUGAAGAUAAGUAGUGUUUUUAGACCAAAUUUAUUUAAAGGUAAAGUGGCAAUUGUCACUGGUGGAGGGACAGGUAUUGGUAAAGCAAUAACACAAGAGCUUUUAUUUUUAGGAUGUAAAGUGAUGAUAGCUUCAAGAAAGUUGGACAGAUUAUCAAAAUCAGCUGAAAUUCUACGAUCGCAGAUAACAAAUAAUUCUGCCAAACUUGAACACAUGCAGUGCAACAUUAGGCAGGAAGAUCAGGUAAAAGAACUUAUAUCAACAACUGUGUCCAAGUUUGACAAAUUAGAUUUUCUAGUGAACAACGGAGGAGGUCAAUUUCCUAGUGUUGCCGAAGAUAUAAAAUUAAAGGGUUGGAAUGCUGUGAUAGAAACAAAUUUGACUGGCACAUUCCUCUGCUGCAGAGAAGCUUACAAUCAGUGGAUGGGAGAACAUGGAGGUGUAAUAGUUAAUAUCAUUGCUGAUAUGUGGAAAGGUUUCCCUAUGAUGAGUCAUACAGGUGCGGCACGUGCUGCUGUUGACAAUCUUACUAAAUCUCUUGCUAUAGAGUGGGCAUCUCAUGGAGUCAGGAUUAAUUCAGUUGCUCCGGGAAGUUCUAUAUAUUCAGACACAGCAGCUGCCAACUAUGGAUCACAAGAUAUAUUCAACAUGAAUAUCCCUGGUGUUCCUGCCAAACGACUUGGCACUGUUGAAGAGGUUUCUGCUGCUGUUUGUUUUCUAUUAUCACCUGCAGCAAGUUUUAUAUCAGGAGAAACAGUGAAAGUAGAUGCUGGAGCGAGUUUAUACAGCACAAUCUGGAAAAUACCAGAUCACAAUAAGAUACCUGCUUACAAAUGGGAAACAGACAAUGCUGGCUGUAAUGAUGAAGAGGAUGGAACUAAAUCAAAACUUUAAUUCAUUAUGUGUACCUUGAUAUGCAAAGAGUCAAAUGAUAUGUAUUUAGCAGUCGGUGUUCAUUGGUGCAUUUAAGAAAAAGAAACAACAGUUACUUUAAGAAUUGGACUGUAAGUUAUCAAGGAAAACAUGUAUACAUGCAUAUAAUGAUUGAUAUUAAAUAUUUCAUCUGCAAUAUUGUUAUCCCAUGCCAAUAAAAGCGGAAGUGGGAUAUCAAUUGAACUGAUGUUUGUCCAUCCCUAUCGGUUUCACAGCGUAUACUCAAUGGUCUGUAAAACUUGAAAAAAUGCUGAUUUUGGACUGAAAAUUAAUGUAAUAUUAUCAAUAUUACAAGAUUAAUCAUUAAGAAAUUAUUAAUUUUAUAUAAAAAUAUAAGCAUA